GUUGGUACCGGCAGGCUGCUAACCAUGAUUCUGUGUCCCCCGAGCACGGAGCACCCCCGCGGAAACCAGUGCCAGCGGCUGCAGGGCCAGGAAUUCAAGGCUGUGUGCACUUGGCAUUGUUGCUAUCCUAUGGGAAUCACAUGGCUCAUCAGCCCCUCUUCUAGUCUGUGUGAUAGAUGCCCUGAAAAGUCUCUUCUCCCUCUGUUUUCGAGCUGUGAGCUGGGAAGGCCGCUGGCUUGACUCUUCCUUGCAUGCAUCCUGUUCACAGAGGAUUGGUCAGUGCUGCUUGACUCAGCUGUUGAUUGGCCAACCUCCCCUAGUGUGGAACAGGAAAGCUUGGCUGCUUUGUGCAUUUCCAUGCUGGACAGCACCUGCCUUGGCAGGACUCUGGCCCCAGGAAGUUUAAACACUUGGAACAGAGGGCAGAGAUGUGGUGAACUCAAAUGAAGUGGCACCUGGGAACCGGAUAAAACUCAGCCCCUGUCCUGAGGAGCUUACAGUCUACAGAACUGGAAACCAGCUGACAUUCCAAGCUAUGUGCUCUAGCGGGGAAGAAAAUGUUAAUUAGCAUUCAGCCUCUGAACUGAUGUGAAUAACUCAGUGAGAACCCCAGGCUCUUGGAUCAGGCGCUUGUCAGCCUAUCAAAGGGGAGUAAAAUUUUGGAAUGUCCUCUGUUCUAGCUUUGGCAAAAGAUUUCUUCUGGGAAUGUCAGGGCAGGUGCCCUUAGGCAGGGUUCCUAUCUUUUAUUUAUCCUAUGUCCCAGGUGUGCUUGCAUGCAACCUAGCCUGAGGAGCUAACAUUACAUUUCUCCAGAGCGCAGCUGGAGGUAACCAACCCAGAGAGUUCACACAGCCACCAUUAUGUGUGCAUCUUGGUGGCUCCACCUUGGAUUUUGCUUUUUACAAGAAUGUAAUGGGUAAGGCUGGCUAAUAAAUGAGCUCUGAGGAGGGUGACCAUGGGAUUGGGAGGAUGUUUCCCAUGUAGGGCGCAGCAUGAGAAAAGGCAGAGUUUGACCUUAGUGCCUGAAUUGGGAAGAUGGGAGCAAGGGCAAAGAUGAAGGUGGGGUGGAGUUGUGUAGGUCCCUGAAGGUGGGAGUGCAGAGUUGAAAUGUGACACAGAUGGUGAAAAGAAUCCAAGGUAAGGGUCUGGGGAGAGAACUCCAGCUGGAGUGCCAGUGUGAAACUCGGGGAAAGCUGCAGGAGCUGGAUGGGACAGGGUUUGGGAGCAGGGGUAGAGAGAAAAGAGAUGGAUUUUGGAGCUGAUGGGGAGAAUCAACUAAAAGCAUGGGUGGGAGUCUGGGACAUGAUGACAAUGCUGUUGUGGGCGGGGGAGGAGCAGCUCUUGUUUCUGUGCUGAGUAUGAGCUGGUGCUGGGAGAAGGCCAUUUGCAGCGACCAUUUCAAGUACAGACCUGCGUAGAGGGGCCGGGCCAGAUUAGAGAGCGUAACUGAAGCCAGAGAAUAGAUGAGGUAUCCAGGCAGAGGGGAUGAGGAAGGCCCCGUUGGAGAGGGUUGGGGCACUGGAGUACCCUGGGAAGGAUGCACAGCAAGGCAUCUAACUUGCCUCUGUGUGCUGGUAUGGGUUUUAGGAUCCCAGGCUGGAAGCAGUUUCCUUCCGCACCCAGUAGAAGCGGAGGGAGUAGAGGAGGGAUAAGUGCCCCUCCCUCACAUCAGUCCAUGUGCUAUAAUUACCCAUGUGUAUGACAGCUGGACCCAGCUUGGGAGUGUUUCAAUCUGCAAAGCCUCAAAAUGACCCAGCGAGAGAGACUGCUGCAUCCUGUGGUUGGGGCUGCGUUUGUACUUACAGGGCUUGCCAUUGUAUGCUGCAAAAUCCUUUGCCCAGAAAGGGAGGGAAUGCAAAGGCAGAAUGGUAAAAGAUUUUAAUGGCAACCACUUUCUGCCUGUGUCAGACUGGCUUUAUUUACAAGCCCCAGGACUACUUCCUAAAACACCACCCAGGCCAGCUUCACGGACAAUCCAGCCAGCUUCUCCUACCUCUUGCAAGAUCACAGCUAACCGGUAUUGGAACUGAGCCAAGGGCACUGAUGGGUAACGCAGAAUAGAAUCUGGCUUGCCCUCCUGCGGCCCCACUGACUUCUGCAUUUCUAACAGGAGCAAAAACAUGUUUGCUGACAGCUGAGAGUGUGCUGCCUGGAUUCCUGUAUAGGACCCAAUCCUCCCACCUACAGGAGCCCUGACGCUCAGCACAAGCUGGAAACAUGACUCUGACCAACAGGUAGUGAAGAUGACCAGUAGCGACCAAGAGCGUCCCCAGUUCCUGUUUGUGAAAGCGCUGGCCAGCCGGGGGCGCCUGGAGGCAGUGACACAGCAGAUGGGGUACCACCCGCAGUAUCUGGACAGCUUCCUCAAGAUACAGCACUACUUGCUUCACAUGGACGGCCCGCUGCCGUUUGCCUGCAGACACUACAUCGCCAUCAUGGCAGCUGCUCGGCACCAGUGCUGGUAUCUGGUGAAUCUGCACAUGCUGCAGUUCCUGCGAGUGGGGGGAGAUCCCCAGUGGCUGCGGGGCCUGGACUUCAUCCCUCCCAAACUCCGCAAUCUUAAUGAGAUCAACAAGAUCCUGGCUCAUCGGCCUUGGCUCAUCAGCAAGGAACACAUAGAGAAGCUGCUGAAGAUCAGUGAGCAGAGCUGGUCUCUGGCAGAGCUGGUCCACGCCGUGGUCCUCGUGGCGCAUUACCAUGCUCUUGCCAGCUUUGUCUUUGGUUGUGGCUGUGAGCUGGAGUGGCUGGAUGGCAGGAGCAUACUGAAGUCAACGUUGCCAGGGAACCAGUGUUUCUGUGAGUCCGCCAGCGGGAACAGCUGUAAUCUGGAGUUGCUGCGCAUCAACCGCAAACGGUCUCUGGAUUCCUGUGUGGAGCUGGAAUCGCUCCGGGAACGUAUCCAGAGGAUCCACCUGGAGAGUGAGGGCCGAGAGGAAAUGAGGCCACCGCAACAAGACAGAGAGGAAGAUUUUGAUGGGGAAAUCGUCAGAGCCACAGAUCUCUCCUGCUAUGUGCAGGACCCUGAUUUUGGAUACCAGGACUUUGCCAGGCGAGAUGAAGAUCAGACCCAGAUAUUUAGAGUCCAGGAUUACUCCUGGGAAGACCAUGGAUUCUCUUUGGUAAACAGACUCUACUCUGACGUUGGCCACCUCCUGGAUGAGAAGUUCCGUACAGUUGACGGUCUCCAGAGCAAUGCCAUGGCCAAGCGGCAAGGCUGUGAAUCUUCUGUCUUCAAACGGGGCAUCUGGAACUAUAUCCACUGCAUGUUUGGAAUCAGGUACGACGACUAUGAUUACGCAGAAGUGAAUCACUUUCUGGAGCGGAUGCUCAAAGUUUACAUUAAAACUGUGACUUGUUACCCAGAGAAGACUAACCCAGAAAUGUUUGGCCGGUUCUGGAAGCAGUUCAAGCACAGUGAAAAGGUCCACGUGAACCUUCUCAUCCUGGAAGCCAGAAUGCAAGCUGAGCUCCUGUAUGCACUGCGAGCAAUUACCCAGUAUAUGAUCUCCUAGAGAGCAGGGGUGGCUCGGUUAUGGCAGGGGUGGUGCACGCAUCCCUACCUCUCCAUGGACUCCAUACUUGAACCAUCGGGCUAGAACUGACUGCGAUGGGUUUCUCUAACUUACUUGACUAUUCUGUUUCUAUGGGGCACGAUGAGUGACCUUGUUAUGUGCAAUUACCAAGCUGUGAGGCAACUCCGUGUUGCUGUGAUCUCGGUGUGAAGCUGGAGACGUGAAUGUGUCCAUGGCAGACUCCCAAAGACUUGGGGCAGGGAGGGAAGGAUGGGCAGGUUGAGGGCAUGUGUCUCUUCAAAGAGAUGGGCUCUAACCAUCCACAGUGGAAGCCCCUUCACCCAAGCAGCACAAGGAGCCUGCCCAUGAGGGCAGCCCAGUGCAGGAUCCUGUAUGCGUUCCAGCCCUGGGGCAGAGCAGCAAGCUUGCUUCCUUUCCGGCACUGCAGCAGCAUCACACUGGGCAUGGCUGGCUGGUCAGAAGCAGCAGCUGUGGGGUGAUGAAGUUACUGUGGAGUAUCCCAGUUGGUAGGGUGGCUUGUGGGUGUGUUCUGAAACUCCUUUAGUCACAGGAGCAGGAGGGAGGAGCACUGGUUAUGACCCAGGUUCUCAGAGACGAGCAGAUCCUCCCGCUCCCCAGCACAGUACUGGAGGGAAACCAGCCUCCUGCAUAUGCUCUUGGCUAUGCUGCCAACCUCCCGGCAGCACCAUGCUGAGUACAGGUCAAGCUGUGGUACUCCUGAGGAGGUGCAGUGAUCAACAGGCUGAAUUCUCCCAGGGACAGGCUCUUGCCCCCAGCUCCUGGAGGUGGCUGCUUGGAAUGUUUCACUUCUAUAGAGCUGGGCUCUUGGACCUGCAUCCCACCCUCUGGGUCUCCUAUCGAGCCCCCCUUUCUACAGAAAGCCCAGGGGGGUCAUUGUAUCCAAACAUGAGCUGGGUCCUAGCCCAUGCUGCACUAGCCUUGGGAUGGGUCACUUGCUGCUCGGUAUUGCCAUGUGGGCCAUGGGCCUGUUUGCUCUUGAUCGGUCAGGUCAACUGGAACAGCCUCAAUCACCUCCUGCUAUGGGGAUGGCAGCCCUAGGACUGCAGCAGCUCCAGACUGACCAGCCUCCACCCACAGUUACAAUGCACACACGGGCCUGCACCUCAUUCUCUUUGCCAUGGGCAAGAUCCAUAUGCUGCAACACUCCUUGUGACCCUGGGAGGGACUGAGGAGUAACAACCUGCCUUACCUGUUACCGCUCUGGCUGGAGGAGAGCAUGCUGUGCUGGGCUGUCCUUGGCUCGGUGGCUGGCCCAGCUUCAGAGGGAGAUUCAGGUAAGGGCUGUGUACAGAGGCCCCUUCUCCAAAGAGCUUUUUUGGGGCAUGAGGACACAGCUGGGACCUUCCUAGUAACUGGAGUCUGGAGGGGCAGGGACUGGGAGGCCAGUGUGAGGUCAACCUGGUUACUUGUGUGGAGAGAACGUUAUGUGUGGAAGCUACAGAAAAAGCCUAUUUUUGCUAUGAAUAUAAUUAUGUUUGACACAA